CUGAAUCAGCGAAAAUAUCUAAAAAGCCCCUAGAAAUUGCCGUUUCUUUGGAACUUCUUUGCUGCAGCAGACGUAGCGAUAUCUGCGCCGUUCUCUGCUACUAAGCCCAGCGACGAUUUCCAAAGUCGGGGGGGAUUCGCCGGAUCGGAUCCGGACCUACGAAGGGAAGAAGCUUCCUUGGAGAGAGUUCAGUGGAGAAGAGCUUUCAAUGGUAGUGACGUGAAAAGCAGAGUGGGGGAGAUUCACGGGCUGGCAUUGUAGAGAGAGAGAAAGAUAAGGUUCUACAGAGAGUGAGAUAGAGAAAAGGGCAUGGAGGUUGAGCCAGUCUUUGAGGUCCAUGAAGUCGACCUCGACUACGAGUUUGACGCGGCAAUGUGCUUCGAUUUCACCCGACCGGAGACUCAAGCGGAGACUCUUCGGGCCGAGCUCUGGUUCCAGUCCGCCCAAGAAUAUCCUCCUUCUCCUUUUGUUGCAAAGUUAGAAAUGAGAGAGGAUAUCCUAAUGGAAAAUGUUAAUACUUCUCCAAAAUCGAAGGACAUGGAGAGUAUUAUUAUGGACGCUGAUGUAGGCGUGAGCCGAGAUCUUUGUGCAUUAGAUACGAAUAACAAAGAUUGUGAAGGAAUAGUUAGAGGUAUCUUCACCAAAUUACAGAGUGGCAAUCUACAAAAAGUUACGAGCCAACAAUUGGAAUUAACCACAGACAUAACAUUUUACAAUCACACAUCCACUGACAAACUCAAAACUAAAAUGAAGUCUACCGUCAAGCCUUCUCUCCCUAGGAGCUCAACCUUGAUGAAACCUACGGCAAGUCAGUUGGCUAAACAAAAUCGACCUCUCCACGUUGCUGUUUCCAGAUUUCAGACACAACUGGUUCAACAGAGUGAGAGGAGCUUGCAUAUUUCUUCCGGGGUUGAAAGUCAAGCUUCCAAGAGGCAGAAGCUGGAGGGAGGUCACUUGGGAAAGGUUACUGGUUCAGACCAACAAACCAGUCUGGUUCACAAGCUGCCUAAGAAGGACGAAACCGUUGAUAAGAAUUCUGGACAUUGCACAAUGAGGCUUACCAUUCCAAGGCAGCCUGAGCUUGAAACAGCACAUAGGGCCCAAAGGAUAAGGCCCAAGGAUAAUACAAAACUGGAACAAGUGAAAUCAGCUGCAAGAAUAUUCAAAGCACGCCCAUUGAACAGAAAAAUUCUCGAGGCCCCUUCAUUGCCACUUCCAAAGAAGAGCACUCCAAAGUUACCAGAGUUUCAAGAAUUUCACCUGAAGACAUUGGAGAGGGCUAUGCAACACACAUCUGCUCUUUCAUCAUCCUCGGUUAGAUGCAAUGAUUCUGACAAGGGGUUGGACAAAGCUGGCACUUCUAGUGUUGCUGAAAAUGUAAACAAGGAGUACAAAAGACCAAGUACCAUGGAUGCUCCAAAACAGGAUGAAUGUAAUGUAAUGCACCACUUCAAGGCUCGUCCGCUUAAUAAGAAGAUAUUUUCAAGUAAAGGAGAUAUUGGUGUUUUCCGAAAUUGCAAGCGACAAGCAACAUUACCCAUGGAAUUCAAUUUCCACACGGAGAAGAGAAGUAAUAACAAUCCACCAACAGAGCUUUUCAGUAAGCUCUCCCUGGCAUCUGGACUCCAGCCAAGUAAUGGUUCUCAACCUAAAUUGCCUCAGCCUAACUCUUUGUCCCUAAAGGGCUCAAAAGAAAACAGAUCAAAUCAUUUUCAACUAGAACAUGAGAUACUGCAGAAAGAAAAACCUUCAAUUUUUGGUGGAAAGCAGUUUCAAUGUGGGAGUGAUGGGUGCAUCUCUGAAGCUGGUGUGAUGCGUCCGAGGUAUGCCAAUUGAAUAAACGGACAGAUGAUGCUAGAAUGAGCUUGGGCAUUCGCUGAGAGUAAAAAAGGGCAAGUUUCAACAAAAUGGCGUUCAGCAUGGGAAGCAAAUUUGAGGUUCUGCGGUUGAUAAUGGAAGAUUGACAUUCGUACAUAAAAAUGUACUACACCUCAAAGAUUCAAGCUCGCUUGCUGCAUAUGGAUCCCAUCGAAGUCUAUGGUGAUCUCACCUCAGAAGAAACUGAUGACCUUCUCACAAGCCUUUGCUUUUCAUACACUUUCUAGGUUUCAGUUCAUAAUCCAAUAAAAUGUUAAAAGCCGGGGUGUUGUGUAUAGGUAUUAUCACACCCAGAUAGCAUCUUCUACAUUGUUAUGUAGCAUCAACACAUGUAAUGACCAAAGUCAAGGAAUAUAUGAAAUACAUUUAUGUUCCAGUGAAACGUAUUGCUCAUGCUGAUGAAUUAUUGCAGCUUCUUUUU